ACUCUGUGCCACACUGCCUGAUGGAGUCUGUGGGAGCGCUGGGCAGCCCCACUGGGGCCAGCUCCAACCUAUUGAGCUUGCCGGCAUCCUUCCCCUGGGAUGAGGAUGACGAGUCACUGGGUCUAGAAGGAAUCAAGCCUAAAUCUUCACCCAUACCAAGACGACGGAGUUCAGCGUCUUCCGAUGACUCCCUGCCUCCCCCUUCCAGCAGUCGGAGAGUGUCCUUUGCUGACGCCUUCGGUUUAAGCCUGGUCUCAGUGAAACAGUUUGACACUUGGGGAGUUACUGACCCAUCAGGCCCUCUCGAAAGUGACUUGAAUGAAGAUAAGGAGUAUUACAUGGUUCCUCUCUUCACUCUUCCACAGACCGCUGAGGAGCUAGCCUUGCGUGUUCACGAGCAGAAGCUAGAACUGGAGAGUUUGGAGUUGCUUUCUGGGACCACAACCCUAAGAGGAAUCAUUCGUGUAAUGAAUAUUUGUUUUGAUAAGAUGGUCUAUGUACGUACCUCUUUAGAUUCAUGGAAAAGCCACUUUGAUCUGUUGGCAGAAUACGUACCUGGGUCAAACAAUGGUGCGACGGAUGGUUUCUCCUUCAAACUCACACUAGUACCCCCAUUUGGUGAAGAGGGCGCUAGGGUUGACUUCUGUUUGCGAUAUGAAACAUCUUUAGGUGCUUUUUGGGCAAACAACAGUGGAAAGAACUACUCUUUGGUUUGUUGUGAAAAAAUAAAGGAGAAACCCCAAAAUGAGAAUGAAAACAGAAGAAAAAGCUGUCUGAAAACAACCAGCCCAAAUGUCUCUGCUUCGACUGUUUCAGCAGCAAAUAAUGAAGAAUUUCCUGAUAUAAAUCCGAAUUCUGGAUCUCUAAGUGAAAACUCUGAGAAACUUGAAAAGGAAAGCAAGGAAUUAGUGGAGGAAAUAAGCAGAAACCGCAGCCGAAGAAGCAAAAGAAAGGCUGCACGAUUAGCAAAAGUUAAGGAGCACUUUGCUAAAAUGGAAGAAGAAAAGAAACAAGGGACCAAGACCAAAGAGAGUAAAGUUACAGAGACCAGCAUGCAGGAACAUGCAUCAUUGCUGGAGGAGACACCAUGCAGUCCCCUAUCACAACAAACUGCUCGACCACCAACGUGUAACCAAAUAUCACCCUCACCAGAGUCUCUCAAAUCUGCUGAGCAUAGUGGAGACUUCACUGACAUCUUCAGCCAAGCUCGAACACAAGAUGAAGACGACAACAUAAUCCACUCCAAGACUAAUUUAUCCACAGCAAACACCAAUUUCCCCCUGGAAGACUCCAUCGGUUGUGAUGAAUCAACUGCAAGCUCGGCUUCUGAGGUCUUGGAAGACAUCCAACAUACUGAGCGCAUUACUGACCAAACAGUUUCAAUCAAUCAGGCUGUUCCUGUAAGCCAAAAUCCAGACUUGUCUAUUGUUGAAAAAGCAUGGAAGGACUUUGAGAAGGAUGCUAAGCAAAGAAUUAAGAUGCAUGAAGGCACAAAUAUUAGUGAUGGCAAACCAAAAGAGGAUGUGAGUUUGAAAACUAAUUCAGAGCCUCAGAUGUCCUCUCAUGGCUUCACAUUUGGGACUGUUGUAGCCCCACUUUAUCAUCAAGUUUUUAAAAGCAUGGAAAUAGAGAGAAAAGACUUCUUUCUCAAACCAUUAGAUAGGUCAUUUAGGAAACUAGAGGAUGAGAGUCGAAUAGCGGUCACAGCCCCAGAGACCACAGACAUUUGGCCAGAGUCUUGCAUAUCUACAAAACAGAGAGUAGAUGAUAUUAGUGUUGGCAUCUUCAAAGAAUCAACAGAAGAAAACUCACAACUUACAGUAAACCCAACCAAAAAAACUUUUCCAGGGCCAAAUCAGAGUAAACAUGUUGAAAAUGAAGAAACUUCUUACAAUCAAAAUGAUUAUACCGGUGGUAUCAGAGAAUACCCAAGAGACAUCAAAUUUACUGAAACAAACCUUUCAAAAGUUACAUCCGAGCAAUCGGAUCCUCCACUAGGAGAAGAUCCAACAGUGUGCGCACAAGCCUUGACUGAACAUGCAAUCCAGGAUGAUCCUUGCCAAAGUCCAUGUUUAUUUCCCCAACAAGGACCAGAACUUUUAGUCACUACAAAUCAAACAAGCCUACCUGAACAGAUCCAUCCUUCAUCACCCACAGCAGUUUUGAAAACGUCAUCAGGUUUGGAUAAUCAGAGUUCGUGUAUAAAAGCUGAAAUGUCACAAAACCAGGAGGACCCUACAAUUAUCCACAGCAAAGAGGUGAAUAUAUCAGUGCAAAUGGCUCCAUCUCCAGAUGACCCCACAAGGAUCACCUUGGAUUCCUUUGAUGAUAAAUUAGAGCCUGGCUUCUGUGAGAUGAGAUCGAGGAUUGAAAAACUUGAAGAACUUUCUCACUUAGCAAUAGAAGCUAUGCCAACAGAAUCACAUACAGAUUUGGAGAACACACAGAUAAAUAUGAGCAAUGCUUUGGAGAGCUUUCAAACAAAUGAAAAUAAGGAACAAAUGCUCAUUGUUUUUUCAACACAGCCUUCAGAGACGGAGAGCUCCAGCAUUAUUAAUUUUGAUGGAGAAUGUAAUGCAUCAGUGAUUAAAGAGAUAGAAGAAAUUUACAAAAUAAAAGAUGAUGAAAACCUGGAAGAGCAAGAAGAGGGAAAUGGAAAUCAAAUUACACUAGACAAAGAAAAGAAAGACCAACAACCAGAAGAACAAGGUGCAGAAGAAAAAAAUGAAGGUAUGGGUGGAAUAAAUCGCACUGAAGAUGAGUUGAAAUACAUAGAUGAUGAAGAGGACUUGGAUGCAAUGGAAACUGAGAGAGAAAAGAAACAAGCAGAUGCAGAUGAACUGCCCUUUCUUGAUUCUGAAGAUACAGAGGAACAGAAGCAGAUCAUGAGUACCAGCACUUUUAAAUCAUUACCACAUCAUAUUGACUUAAAUGAAAUAGAAAGUCUUGGUGAGUACUCAGAAAAAGAGGACAUGCACAUUAAUUGUGGAGUAGAGAUCUGUGAGGAAACUGCUACAUCUUGGAAAGAAUCAUCUCAAAAGAGUGAAUCUGAACUUGGAAGUAUGCAAGCUAUGGAGAAUGAUAGGAACCUCAUUGAAUUUAUUGAUAUAGAAGACAAUGUGUCCAGUGAAAGUGUGAAAGGUGAUCAGGAAGAUACUAACGAUGACAUGAACAAUAUGCUGGAAAACAUGGAAAGCCUGGAAAAGGACUCCGAGCAGAACAGAGGUCUUGAAAACGUUGAAGACAAUACCUCAACAGAAUCGCAGGUAGAUGACGAGAUGGAGCUUUACUUGACCAGUCUGAGGAAUUCACAACAGUCAGUAUUCAGAGAAAACUCAAUGAGCGGAAGCUACGGCAAAAGACCCUCCUUGAGCAGAGGGAGGCCAUUGGCUAUGCCAUCAAUCUCAGAGUCUAUGGACGAGGACCAGCCUAAUAGUUCUCUAGAGAAUUUAACAAAUAUUGAGUACAACAUGGAGCUGGAAAGAGCUACACUGACUCUAGUGGAUGGGAAUGAACAUGUCAUUGGACGCAAUGUCUUGUGGUGGAAAGAGUUUCUGUCCUAUGACAACAUGUCAAGAGUGAUCGGAUACACAUUUUUGUUGAUGGUGUUUUUGGUCGCAGCAUAUUAUUACGACUUCAUUGCAUGUUUUGUCCUAUAUAUUCUUACAGUGUUUUGGCUGUUUCGUCAAGGGGAGGAAGAACCACUGAAAAGCUCUCGGAAAGGCGAAAGAGGACUACAGUAAACACGAUUUACUCAUCAACAUUUGUUGGAGAACUUAGAAAAGUGGAAGUGAAUCUAAAUAUGUGUCGUACACAUACAAUUGUUGUACAACAACGCUGGAUUAUGUGGGGCUAUUUAUCUAACAAUUUCAUAAUGGCAAAGACAUGAUUAUAAGAUGACUUUUGUUGAAUGGUGGAUUGUGAGUAAACUUUUACAUUAAUUUGCCAUUUGACAUUACAUAAGUCAAUAGGUAUGCUUCCCUACUCUACAGACAACAUAACGUUUGCAUCCAAUAUCACAAUGCUCUUUACAAAGAGCUGAACAUACAGCAAGAGAUUAUAUUAGGUCUAUAUACCAAUCAGGCAUAACAUAAUGACCUCCUUCCUAAUAUUGUGUUGGUUCCCUUUUUGCUGCCAAAACAGCCCUGAUUCGUUGAGGCAUGGGCUCCACUAGACCACUGUAGGUGUGCUGGCACCAAGAUGUUAGCAGCAGAUCCUAUAAGUCCUGUAAGUUGUGAUCGGACAACUUACAGGAUCGGACUUGUUUAUUCAGCACAUCCCACAGAUGUUCAAUUGGAUUGAGAUCUAGGGAAUUUGGAGGCCAAGUCAACAACUUAAACUUGUUGUUGUGCUCCUCAAACCAUUCCUGAACCAUUUUUGCUUAUCAAGGCGCAUUAUCCUGCUGAAAAAGGCAGGCUGGCGGCAGUCAUGGCCUAAUGGUUAGAGAGUCAGACACAUAACCCAAAGGUUGUGGGUUUGAGUCUCCGGUCCGACAGGGAUAGUGGGUGGGAGUGAAUGUCCAGCACUCUCUACAUCCUUAAUACCACAACUGAGGUGAGACCCUCAAGCAAGGCACCGAACCCCCAACUGCUCACUGGGCACCGCAGCUUUGGCUGCCCACUGCUCUGGGUGUGUGUAUGUUUAUUCACUUCUCACUGCUGUGUGUGUGCACUUGGUGAAAUACAGAGCAUAAAUUCUAAGUAUGGGUCACACAGAUCACACACCACAGAUCACAUCCUCCUCUUAAAAAAAAGGCCACAACCACCAGUGAAAACCAUUUCCUUGAAAGGGUGUACAUCAGGGAUAGGCAUCGUUGGUUCCGGAGUGCCGAUGUUCUGCAGAGUUUAGCUCCAACCCUAAUCACACCUGAACAAGCUAAUCAAGGUCUUCAGGAUCACUAGGGCUACAGGCAGGUGAAGGUUUUUCCAGGGUUGGAACUAAACUCUGCAGUAUAUCGGCACUCUAGGACCAACGUUGCCUAUCCCUGGUGUAGAUGGUCUGCAACAAUACUUAGGUAGGUGAUAUGUGUCAAAAUAACAUCCACAUGGAGGCCAGGACCCAAGGUAUCCCAGCAGAACAUUGCCCAAAGCAUCACACUGCCUGCGCCGGCUUGCCUUCUUCAUCCUAGUGCAUCCUAGUGCCAUGUGUUUCCCAGGUAAGAGACGUACACGCACCCGGCCAUCCAAGUGAUGUAAAAGAAAAUGUGAUUCAUCAGACCAGGCCACAUUCUUCUUCUUGUUGCUCCUUGGUCCAGUUCUGAUGCUCACAUGCCCACUGUUGGCACUUUUGGCAGUGGACAGGGGUCAGCAUGGGCACCCUGAGUGGUCUGCUGCUAUACAGCCCCAUACGCAACAAACUGCGAUGCACUGUGUAUUCUGACACCUUUCCAUCAGAACCAGCAUUAACUUCUUGAGCAAUCUGAGCUACAGUAGCUCGUCUGUUGGAUCAGACCACACGGCCGGCCCCACAUGGGCCAGCCCAUGACCCUGUCGCUUUUUUUCCAUUGUUCCUUCCUUGGACCACUUUUGAUAGAUAGUGACCACUGCAGACCCCGAAAACCCCACAAGAGCUGCAGUUUUGGAGAUGCUCUGACCCAUUCGUCUAGCCAUCACAAUUUGACCCUUGUAAAACUCACUCAAAUCCUUACACUUGCCCAUUUUUCCUGCUUCUGACACAUCAACUUUGAGGAAAAAAUGUUCACUUCCUGCCUAAUAUAUCCCACCCACUAACAGGUGCCGUGAUGAAGAGAUAAUCAUUGUUAUUCACUUUAUUUAUCAGUGGUCAUAAUGUUAUGCCUGAUCGGUGUAUGUAUAAAUAGUUUGGUUCUGUGCUAGUGGUGCCUGGGUGUAGUGAUGUGUAAAGGACCAUGGGUGAGUGAAAAGUUUGUUAGAUUAUAGAGGAUUAGUCUUGAAAAAAGGAUUAUAGUGCAAUUUCAUUGACAUUCUUUUAUGCAUAGCUUUAUUUUAUUUUAAAUACCCAAUUGGAUUAUGAUUUAUAUAUACGUACAGUCAUGGCCAAAAAUAUCGGCACCCUUGCAGUUCUGUCAGAAAAUGCAACACCUCUGUCAGAAAAUUGUUCCAAUUGCAAAUGUUUUGGUAUUCACAUGCUUAAUGUUUUUGUUUGCACUGCAACAACACACACACACACAAAAAAAAGAAAAAAAAAACAGAAGAAAAGUCAAACUUGAUAAAAUUUCACACAGAACUCAAAAAUGGACUGGACAAAAUUAUUGGCACCUUGUCAAAAUUGUAAGAAAUAAUUGCUUUUCAAGCAUGUGAUGCUCCUGUAAUUUGUAUUUAGACACACCUGUGGCAAGUAACAGGUGUGGGCAAUAUAGUAAUCACACUUGCAACCAGUUAAAAUGGAGAAAAGUUGACUCAACCUUUGUGUUGUGUCACACUGAGCAUGGAGAAAAAAAAAAGUUUAAAGAGUUGUCUGUGGAUUUGAGAGAAAAAAACUGUAGAAAAACAUGGACAAUCUCAAGGCUACAAGAUCUUAAUGUUCCUGUGUCCACUGUGCGCAAUAUAUUCAAGAUGUUUACAACCCAUGGCACUGUAGCUAACCUCCCUGGACGUGGAUGGAAAUUAAUGAAAUAUUAAUGAAAUAUUACAACAAAGGAUUGUUUGAAUGGUGGAUAAAGAACCCUGAUUAACUUCCAAGCUAAUUCAAGCUGAUCUGCAGACAUAGGGUACAACAGUGUCAGCUCGCACUAUCCAUCGGCAUCUGAAUGAAAAGGGACACUAUGGUAGGAGACCCAGGAAGACACCACUGCAUAAAAAAGCAAGACUGGAAUAACUUUGAGCUAUUUCUUCCAAAGGGUUGUUCCAAUGCAAACCAAAAAAAAUAAACAUUUGAGUACCAAAACAUUUGCAACUUCAACAGUUUUCUAAGAGUAUGGUUACAUUUUCUGACAGAAUUGAAAGGGUGCUGAUAUUUUUGGCCAUGACUGUAUAAUGCAAAUGCAAAAUACAUAAUCUGUAAACUAUAACUAAACCCCUAUUUUAUAA